AUGGCUGCACUGCGAAGCAAGGAUCCCACCACAAAGGUGGGCGCAGUGAUCGUUAAUGAAAAUAAAGUUAUCGUUGGCUCCGGCUAUAAUGGCAUGCCGACAGGUUGCUCCGAUGACGAGCUACCGUGGGGGAAAGAUUCCGAGAAUUUCUUGGAGAACAAGUAUGCAUAUGUAUGCCAUGCUGAAAUGAAUGCGAUACUUAAUAAAAUUAGUGGUUCGAUUAGAGGGGCAACUAUUUAUACAGUGCUAUUCCCAUGCAAUGAAUGCGCCAAAUUAAUCAUACAGGUGAUCUUUUUGUCAGAAAUAAUCAAUUACAUUAAAAAGGAGUCAUGAAG